AUGGCUAAGCUGCUGACCGACUCGAGCGUCAAGGUGCGCGCGACCAUCCAUCAAAUCUUGGAGGUGGAUUUGCGCGAGGAGACCUUCACUGCCGAGGUGGAUGUCUUCAUGCGAUGGGUGGACCCACGCCUGGCAAACUGGCGGACGCGCGUCUGGCUCCAUCGCAGCAACCCGCCGCGCCUCGCGACGAGCUGCGCGGAGCGAGGAGCGUGCGUCUGCGGCUGGGGCCAGCAAGGCUCAUGCAGCAAGCUGCCCUUCGUGGAAGGUUGCUUCGAGGAGCGAGGAGGAAGGCACUACAUCAGCGUAGGGCGAGAAGAACCCUGGGAGCUGGAGACGUUCAGCUACAAGGAGGAGCCUGCGUUUGAGCACUUCGACCAGUUGGAGGCCAUGAGCAGCACGCUGGUCCUCUCCAAGUUAGUUGAGGAAGCUACGCUGCUUGCACGGCAUCUGCGGCUGAGCAACGGCCGAACUGGCGAAGUCGUUCUCUUCAGGAAGUUGCUCGCCAAGUUCAAGGAGAACAUGGAACUGCUGCGCUUCCCAUUCGACCGCCAGCUCCUUCAGUUUUCUCUGACCGCUGCGGUGCCUUCCAACGCGCUCACGCUGGAGGCAGAAGAGGAGCCGAAGAGCUCGUGCAAGAUCAAACACUUGCCGGAGUAUGAGGUCGAUCAGGGCCGCAUCGACGAUGUCGGCAUCGCCGAAGCGAGGCUCACUGGAAAUCCGACUGGGCAGAAGAAGUACUGGCAGGUGAGGUUUGCCAUUCCUGUGGAACGCAAUCCUGGGAAGUACAUGGUGAACAUCGGGCUCAUGCUCUGGAUUCUGGUGGUGGCCUCUUUCAGCAACUUCACAGUGAGGGUCGAUGCGCCAGCUGACCGCAUGGCCAUCAUCGUGACCUUCAUCCUUACAAGCAUGGCCAUGAAGUACCUCAUCAAUGACCAGCUGCCUGGCAAGUCAUACCAGACGUGGCUGGACCUGUACCUGCUGGCAUCCUACGUCUUUCUGAGCCUCCCUGCCCUCUGGGUCAUUGGCUUGUGGGUGUGGUUUGGCGAUCUCACAAAGCUCGACGACGUGGACUUGCAGGGGGUGGAGGGAGCAGAGUGGUGGCUCGCCCGGAUCUUGUUUGUCGUUUGGACUCUCUUCCACCUCUUCAUCUUUACGCUCCCCUGCUUCAGCUACCGCUGCGUCAGAGAGGACUGGGAACAGGUGCUGGAACAUCAGCAGGAGCACGACCCAUGGCAGCUCCGUUGGCCCUGUCCGCGCCCCUGCAGCUGCUACAAGGACCUGGAGAGCAGCGACAGCGAGGGGGACAGUCGGUAG